AUGCCAAACAAAAUUGACAUUCAACUUUCCACAAGGAAGCUUUUUUUUCCAUUAGCUCUUUCCAACAACACCAUUGAAGAUGUUGUACAAGUGACAAAUGCACUCCCUAAAAUCCCCGGCAAUGUUAAAGAGAAUAUUGUUUCUUUCAAGGCGUUUAGUGUCGUGCGGGGAAGAUAUUCAAUGAAUCCUUCGGUCGGCUUCAUCGCGGCAGGCGAAUCUAUUGUGCUCACGUUUUCGCUAGAGGCGGAAUACAUUCGCAAACAUCGAGACUCAACUAUAAAACUCCCUGUAACAGAGGAGAAAGAGGAUUCAAUCUACUUGUUUUUUACCAUUGUGCCGGUUUCUAUGGUAAGUUCAUGCCUGAGUCUAUGGGACCCGAUGGGACCCAUUGAAAAUACUCCCGAGAUACAAAAGGCUGCCAGUACUUUUUGGAAAAUCCGUGGGGGUAGCGGAGGCUUUGUAUCUUCCAUGUUGGCUGAUGACACCAUCACACGGAAGCGGCUAAAAUGCAUAUUCAAACCACGAGAGCCUUCUUCAGAAAACUUAGCAGCACAUAUGAAUUUAAAGGGUAAUGGUGGCGUGCCCGUGAAUGUAGAUCAACCUAAUGGACAGAAGCCAACCACACAGAAUAACCGGCUAGAUUAUUUGCCUGUUACUCAGAAAUCCGAGGCACAGCGGACAGAUAAUCAGAUACCCACCCUGUCAGAAGGGGUCCAAGUUUCUAGUGGGUUAAAUGCGUCGAAUCGUAGUGCUGGUAACACAACCGCGCUCGUAACGCAGAACCUGCAUGGUGCGCUUAAGAGUAGUUCUAGUAAUCGCAUCGCUUACGAUAGUGGUAGCGGGGCUGAUAAGCAUUGGGAGUUGUCCUCAGUGAUGGACAUUAUCAACAAUUUUUAUGACCCAACAAGAGUUUCCAAUAUGCUACUCCCGCCAGUGAAAAAUUUUUUGAGGUCUGUUCUUCAUUACCACAUUCCAUAUACAUUCGUUGUUGCACUUCUGGUGUUAUCCUUCCUGUGCGGGAUAUUUGAAAGGCGCACAUUUUUCUCAUGGCUCAUCGUCGGAAAGUAA